CCCCCAGCUGUCGGAGGCGAAGGGGAACGGCUCGGCGGUGGAGGAAGAGUUCACGGUGGCCCGCCUCUUCAUCAGCAAGAUGAAGUCGGAGGUUAAGUCUCUGGUGAACCGCAGCAAGCAGCUGGAGAGCGCGCAGGCCGACGCUCACCGCAAGAUCCAGGCCAACGAGAAGGAGCUGGCUUCCUGUCAGCUGCUCAUCUCCCAGCACCAAGCCAAGAUCAAGUCUCUGACGGACUACAUGCAGAACAUGGAGCAGAAGAAGAGGCAGCUGGAGGAGAGUCAGGACGCUCUGAGCGAGGAGCUGGCCAAGCUGCAGACCCAGGAGAGAAGACACUCGGGGGAGGAGAAGGAGAAGGAGGACAUCGGCAGGCCUGAUGGAGACGAGGACAUCAAGAAAACACUGGAGGAGCAGCUGGAGCACCACAGGGAGGCUCAUCAGAAGCAGCUGGGCCGCCUGAGGGGCGAGAUCGACGACAAGCAGAGGAUGAUGGACGAGCUCGCAGAUCUGAACGAGGGUCUGCUAUUGGAGCAGGGGAGGCUGAUGUCAGACUUUGACAAAGUGAAGGCAGAAGAGCAGGAGAAGGAUGAGAAGCUGCAGAAACUCAUUGCGAUAAAUGAGGAGAGGGAGCAGGCCAGAGAGGACCUGAGGGGCCUGGAGGAGACGGUGGCCAAAGAGCUUCAGUCUCUCCACAACCUGCGAAAACUCUUCGUUCAGGACCUCACCACGCGGGUUAAGAAGAGCGCAGAGUUGGACUGUGAGGAGGGGCUUGGAAAUGUGGCCCAGAAACAGAAGAUCUCCUUCCUGGAGAACAACCUGGAGCAGCUCACCAAGGUCCACAAGCAGCUGGUCCGAGACAACGCAGACCUGCGCUGCGAGCUGCCCAAACUGGAGAAGCGUCUGCGGGCCACGGCGGAGCGCGUCAAAGCUCUGGAGAACGCCCUGAAGGACGCCAAGGAGAGCUCCAUGAGGGACCGCAAGCGCUACCAGCAGGAGGUGGACCGCAUCAAGGAGGCGGUGCGCGCCAAGAACAUGGCGAGGAGGGGCUUCUCCGCCCAGAUCGCUAAGCCCAUCAGACCAGGCCAUCACCCUCUGUCCUCCCCCAUCAGCAGCUCUAUCAGAGUCAACCACUGAAGCCAACAGCAACCCAACACUACAGACCCCUAACGACUGAAGCAUGCCCACCACCUCAACUGGAAACAAGCCCCGCCCCUCCUGCUGGAGCACCAGUGGGAGGCCAUCACCGCAUCCUUCCUGUAUAUACUGAUAUUUGACGUCAACAUGUUUCAUCUGCUGAAUGUAGGUACCAGAGGAACAGUCCUGCUUUAUCUUUUAGGAUCAAUCAAAAGCAAUUGUCUCCUCAUCACAGAUUUGUAUCAUAAUUGUGCAUUUUGUUGCUUAAUCACAACUAUUUAAACGAGGCCCUUUGUGGAGGAUUGAGAAGUGUAGCAGGUUGCAAUAUUUUCCUUAUGAUCGUGAGUUUGUACAGCUUUCCAAAGCUUAAAGAGCCAGACGGAACAGGAAGAUAUUUAGGCUUUUAAAUGAAUCUUUAGCCAGCAUUUAUUCAUUUAGAGGAAUAGUUUGACAUUUUGGAAGUGUGUUCAAUCAAUAUUAGGCACUCUUUUCAUUAUAGCAAAUACAAACAUCUCCCAAAAGGUCAAACUGUUCCUUUAAGAAUAACAUGUCUUUGUUGAGCAGUCGAUGCCAUUGAAGGUAACAGCUAAAGCUAUAUAAAGAAAUUGAUUACAGCCACUUUGUACAGGCAAAAUCACAGCUCGUUAAAGUGUGUGUUCAAAUAUUUCCCCCCUCCAAAAGUUGUAUUUAUAAACUAACACUUACUAGCUAUACUAAUACCUUGUGUUUUGGGGCAUUUUUGACAUUUCCAAAGUUACUUUUACUACUUCUGUCCCCCGCUGAGAAUGAAGUGAGAAAGUUAUAGUGAUUCUGUCAGGGACACUUUAUUAACAAUCUUUAUUUUUUUUGACAAAGCGUCUUGUAAGCUCCUGAUCAGACAAUCAGAGAUCUUAGUACGCAGAGUUAAUGACAGAUUGAUGAAUAUCCCUUAAAAAAGGCCAAUAGGAAGUAGACUUUUGAAACUAAUUUAAUCCCAACACCCGCUCUCUGUAACGUUACGUGACACCGUUUCUUUACGUGACCUCGUUAUGUAACGCCGUUUUCGUUAGGUAACGUUUUAAAUAUUUUCACAUGUAUCUCGGCUUAUUUGUUGUUUAAAGUGAGCUGGAGAAUAACUGAAUGUAACUGCAUGGAUUAGAGCUUGUGUUAGGCAUGCUCAGGGAGGACCAACUGGACAUUUGUAUGCAGCGUGCAUUGAACUCAUCACGAUGACAUUUUGUUUGUUUGACUGUGGCAUCUUAUCUACUGAUGCAAUUCAAUAAAGGUAUAUAUAUCUAUUUCACUUUUACCAUUGUUUUUUUUGUCCAAAUAAAAUGACAGACUUUGAAAUAA